GUAAUCGCGCCAACGGUUGGGUUCACAGGAUAGAAUAAAACAAUUACGCGCCUUAGAGACACUGUCAAACACGCGCCACUGGCGAAAUCUAGGGUUUUUUCACAGUUGAAAACCUUUUUGUCUCUGAAACUAGAAAUUGAAAUUCAAAAUGGCGGGUGUAGCGGGAAAUAUCGGGCUCAAAAUCUCGUCUCCGAUUCAAUUUCGCUUCUUCGUGAUUCCCUGGGUGAGGAAACACAAUGCAAUAUUGUGCUCAAAAGGGAAGGACUAUAGUUCGUCGGCUCCUGUUAGGUAUACUCCCAAGAAAUCUUCAAAGACAAGCGAAGCGAAAAAUUCAUUGCCUGUAAAGAGUUUGGAGAGAUACAAAAUACAGAAAUGUGUGGAUGCAAGUGGAUUGAGAAUUGACCUUAGAAAUGGUGGAGGUAUUAAGAGAAGUAUCGCUUUGAAUGAGAAGGUUCAAGAUAGUAGUCAGAUGACUGAGAACGAUCUGGUAUUUGAUGAUUCUAAGCACGCAUUCGAAGAAGAAAAUGGUGAUUGGGAGUUUAAAGAGCAUCAAGUGAUGGAAGAAACUGAGUUUAUUGAAAAACCCAAGGAGGUAAUUGACAAGAUGAAAGCUCGCCAAGGAAAAGAUCUUUGUAAACAAGAUGUGUUAGGGGAAGCUAAAACCAUACAGGACGCAGAGAAUUUGGCAAUCAAAUUACUUGCAACAAGGGCAUUUACGGCAGUUGAGCUGGGAAAGAAACUAAAUGGGAAGAAGUUUCCUCCUAACAUUAACAAGGCAGUGAUAACUGAUUUUCGGAGCAGAGGACUGAUUAAUGAUGGCUUGUAUGCGGAAGCAUUUUCACAGUCUAGAUGGUCUUCUUCAACCUGGGGACCUGGACGAAUAAAGCAAGCAUUGUUCAACAAGGGAGUAAGCGGAACUGAUGCAGACAGGGCAGUGAAACUAGUUUUCCAGGCUGCCGAAUCUGAUGGGGACCAAGAAUCAAAACUGGGCAUGUCAAAGCUUGCAAUGGAUCAACUUUUUGUUCAGGCCACAAAGCAAUGGCUUCGAAGUCGGGAUGCACCCAAAGAAACACGUAAAGCAAGGAUGAUUCGUUGGCUUCACUACCGUGGGUUCAACUGGGGAAUUACUAAUUUCAUAAUGAAGAAGUUAGAAUCUCAGUAACCUACCUAGAGCACAAUAAAUGAAUUCUGUUCGACCAUGUUGUCAAUGGAAUGAUGAUCCAUAGUCUGUUACCUUGAAAUGUAAGAUUUUUUUGAGACAAACUUGAGAUUGUAGGUGUAGGAUGCCUUAGUUAGAACAUAGCCUUGAGACAUUGCAACAACUUGAGAUUGUUUUUUGUUCAUUGAGAGAGUAUAAAAUUGUCACAUCCAUUUGGUAUGUAUAAAUGUAUUUUUCAACUGUACAGCUGAUGUAGUUCACUGCCAUUAUUAUAAUUCUAUUGCGCCAAGUUUUGUCAUCAACCAAA